GGCCGCUCGCAGCCAAUGGCGUGGCGGAGAGGGCGGGGCUCGGCGGAGCGCAGCCAAUGGGCGGCGGGGGGCGGGGCUUAGCGGCGCAGCGCGGCCAUGGGGCUCCUGACGAUCCUGAAGAAGAUGCGCGAGCGGGAGAAGGAACUGCGGCUGCUGAUGCUGGGGUUGGACAACGCCGGGAAGACGACGCUGCUGAAGCGUUUCAACGGCGAGGACGUCAGCGGCGCCGCCCCGACGCUGGGCUUCAACAUCAAAACGCUGCAGCACCGCGGGUUCACGCUGAAUGUGUGGGACGUGGGCGGGCAGAGCUCCCUGCGCUCCUAUUGGCGGAACUACUUCGAGAGCAGCGACGGCCUGGUCUGGGUGGUGGACAGCGGCGACCGGCAGCGCCUGCAGCUCUGCGCCAAGGAGCUCCGAGCCCUGCUCAGGGAGGAGCGCCUGGCCGGCGCCACCCUGCUGGUGUUGGCCAACAAACAGGACCUGCCUGGAGCGCUGCCACCCAGCGCCAUCCGCGAGGUGGGGACCGCCCCAUAGCGCCCCAUAGCGACCCAUAGCGACCCAUAGAGACCAA